CGUGUCUUGUAAGAUAAUAUAAAUACAGCAGUCAAAAAUAUUCCGUCAGUAUUUCAAAGUUAAUUUUUGACACGAAAUAAAAUGACGAUCUCUAAGCUUAUUAUCUUUGUGAUUUUGUAUCUUUGUUUAAUAAUAAAUGACAAUACUUCGGGAGAGCUGAUUAAUUGUCAAUUGGAUUCAGAAUGCCCUGGUGGCACACAUGAUAAAUGUAAUCAAUGCGUUACUGAUUACGAAUUACACUGUGAUCGCCCAGAAACAGAGCCGAGCAUAUCUUAUUCUGAAAUCUGUGACUCCAAACAUUGCGCAUGCGAAACUGGUUAUUAUCGAACGUACGAUAAACAGUGUGUUAUAAAAUCUCAAUGUUACAGACGCCCCAAAAAUUAUUUUAAAUUUCGACCACAACUAGUUUAUGGCUAUCGUGCAAAUACCAUAAUCGUCUGAAAAAUAUUAUCAGAAUGUAAUAAUGAUGAAUACUAAAAUGUAAUUUUCUUCAUGUAUAAUAUUGAUGUAAAAGAAAUAAAACAAUAAUGUAUAUGUAUAUAUGAAUUUUGAAAAAUAAAAAAAAAAGUAAUAGUUCAAAAAAAUUAAA